AUGGACAUUGCCUUUGAUAUUUACACCGCGGUGCUGCCGGUGAACCGCGACUCUCUGCGAGAUCAGUUGUUUAUAUUUUGGUUUAUUCUCGCCAGUGGUGGGGUGAUGCUCUAUCUCACCUUCGCCUCUCUCUCGACUUUUAUUUUCUUCUUUGAGUUCGAGGCGACUUAUUUCCCCCGCACAAUUCCCAAAGAUGGACAUAAGGCGGAAUUAUGGAGACAAAUUAAACAUGAAAUAUUUAUUUCUGUUCUUUCUAUUCCAUUCAUUGCGGUAUUAAUGGCCCCUGCGGCGGUUCUUGUACAUCGCGGAUACAGUCGAAUGUAUUAUAAUGUGGAGGAUUAUGGAUGGGGAUAUUUAUUCUUCAGUGUGUUGCUUUUCUUUUCCUUUACGGAUUGUUUGGUGUAUUGGUUUCACCGCGGCCUGCAUCACCCCACACUUUACCGUUAUUUACAUAAACUCCAUCAUUCUUAUAAAUACACUACGCCUUUCUCUUCCCAUGCGUUUAAUCCAUGUGAUGGGUUUGGACAGGGCGUUCCCUACUACACCUUUGUCUUUCUCUUUCCCAUGCAUCAUUAUCUUUUUAUUCUUCUCUUCCUGGCGGUGAAUAUGUGGACGAUUUCUAUUCACGAUCAGGUGGACUUUGGCGGGCACUUUCUCAACACCACCGGGCACCACACCAUUCACCACGAGCAGUUUAAUUACGAUUACGGGCAGUACUUCACGGUGUGGGAUCGCAUUGCGGGAACGUACAAACCAGCACAGCAAACACAUCGUCUGCCUCUCUUUCAGAAGGCCGGACGCGUAGAGGAGGGAAAGGAAUGUAAGAAAUUAGGAUAG